AUGUUCAAAAUAUACCCACAAGCUAUAUCACGGCAUAUACCAAAACAGACAGCUCAAUGGCAAUUGAAUAAAUACGCUGGCGCUGUGCGUUUCUUCGGGGCCUCACCCCUAUCGGCAGCGAAGCAGAUGCCUCCGCGCCCUACAAUAGAUGACUCGGAAAUAACUGGAACAUAUCUUAAAGGAUCAGGGCCCGGAGGUCAAAAGAUUAAUAAAACCAGCUCGGCCGUACAACUCAUUCAUAUUCCGACAAACACAGUGGUGAAAUGCCAAGCGACACGCUCCCAGUCGCAGAAUCGGAAAAUUGCCAAGCGGAUUCUAGCUGAGAAGAUAGAACUGCUUGAAAAGGGGGAGCAGAGCCGAGCGGCGAUAGUGAAUAAUGUGAAGAAAAAGAGGAAGGCGAGUAAAAUGAAGAAGAGUAAGAGAAAGUAUCGGGCUUUGGAAGAAGAGAAGAGGAAGAAAAGGGCAGAAGCUGGGUUGGAGGCAGAGGAGGGAGAGGUUUGCGAGGAUGAAGCAGAUGAUGUGGAGGAAGUCGAGCAAGUGGGUAAGGGUAAUGGAAAGAUGGGGGAAGGGGAGAAGUGA